AUAAAGGGCUAGCGUACACUUGUUCUCCACCACGUUGAGAGCCAAACCCACUGUGACCUCCUCUGCAAAACCUCGGCUUUCUUCAUUUCUCCUUUCGACUCCGAUUUUCUCGCUUGUUGUCUAUGUUUCAAGUCUGAAACUACGCCCUAAGGUUUUGUGGGAUUUGAUCGAGUUGUUGUGAGCAUUUUUUCAUGGGUUCUGGAGGUGCGAGUCACUAAAAUUUCUAGAACCAGUUUUAUUUGGUAAGAAAGGUGAGCCAAAAUACAAAGGAUUUGAAAGAGGAACAGACAUCUCUGAGAGAAUUCAAUCUUUCUUCAGGGGCACAGUGAAGUUUGAAAUAUAUGCAUACAUAUAAGCGUUUGCUUCGUAGACAAAUAAGAAAAUUUUUUUUUCUUUCUAAUUUUUCAAAAUAAGUUUUGAUUUUUAUUUCAAAAUAAUGGGUGUUAGUUCAAAAGGAAAAUAGAUGUGCCAAACAGAGGCACAAUUCAUGGCAAUUCAGGCAGAGCUUUAUGAGAGGGUGUGUAGACUUACAGUGAUAGAGCAGGAAAAGGUGUGUUGUGUGAUUUGGCUUUGAGUAUGGGUUUUCUUUUAGUUUCCUUAUCUUUAUAUUCUUUUACUUUCAAUUCUUUUUUCGGUUUAAAAUAUCAGCAGGCUUGCAUAUGGGAUUAUUUCAAUAAGUGGAAACAAACAAUAUCGGUUGCUUCAAACCAAACUCUCGAGGAAUCUAACUUGCAAAUGGACCAAGUUGUAAGUACUCUGGAAAAUGUGUCCAUCUACGAGUAAUUGGUAUGAGAAAGAAAUUACAUGGAUUAUACAAUCCUUAGAUGAUUAUAUUCAUUUCUUUGCACCUAUAGCAGGGGAAAUGCUAUAGAUGGUCUAUAGUCACACUUUGCCACGGCCAGCUUUUACCAUUUUUUUUAAUACAUAUUCAGAGAAUCAUCAAUUUAUAUAUAUCAGAUUUUGACGUUUUCUUCAUAUUUUAAAAUCAUAUUCAAUUUUUUUUAGGGGCAGUCAGGUAACUAUACACUGUUUAGAAAUACACUUGUGGGUGCUAUGCUCUUUGCUAGCUACCAUGCAAGGCAGCAGUUCAAUAACAAGUAAUAAUUGUCACCUCCACAGAAGGGACACCCCUCUAGGCUCAGAUGUCAAUGUGAUUUCUUUCUCACAAUCGAAUCUCUCUCCUGUUUUCACUUUUCUCAUCAGAUCACAGAAUGGGGGAGGAGAUGGCAGUUUCCAUGGCAUGGCAAAUUAUUAUUAUUAUUUUUAAUAAAUAUAAAUAUAAGUAUAAAUAUAAAUAUAGUUUGUUAUUCUGAAAUCUCUAGCUUAUCACUUCACUUUUAUGACUCUUUCUGUCAGCUUUAUUUUAAUCUUAUUCUUAAUAUGAUAGAUACGGUCAAAUAAAUAAAUCUUGGCCUUGAUCGAUGGUGGGGUCUAUGUUCUAACUCAAGUAAAAAGGAAAAACCAUUGAAGCAAGCUCCAUCCCAUUGCUAAAUCUUCCAUAUAUACAAACCCUUGGUUGUGAAUUGUGAGAGUGGAAGGCAGAAUAAGAGUAGAGAAGAGAAGAUGGAAAAGAGCAAGGUUCUUGUAGUGGGUGGGACAGGCUACAUUGGAAGGAGGAUGGUGAAGGCAAGCUUAGCCCAAGGCCAUCCCACCUUUGUCCUUCAACGCCCCGAAAUCGGUCUGGACAUCGAGAAACUGCAGAUGCUGCUGUCCUUCAAGGCCAAAGGGGCCACCCUUGUGGAGGGCUCCUUUGCAGAUCAUAAGAGUCUGGUGGAAGCAGUGAAGAAAGUAAAUAUGGUGAUCUGCACCAUGUCUGGGUCUCAUUCCAGGUCUCACAACAUUUUGUUUCAGCUCAAACUUGUUGAGGCCAUCAAAGAAGCUGGAAACAUUAAGCGAUUCUUGCCUUCAGAGUUUGGAAUGGACCCAGCAAGGAUGGGAGAUGCACUUGAACCAGGAAGAGUAACAUUUGAUGAGAAGAUGAUUGUGAGGAGGGCCAUAGAAGAAGCCAACAUCCCCCACACUUACGUGUCUUCCAACUGCUUCGCAGGCUACUUUGUUCCGAGCCUAGGUCAGUUGGGUGUUCUCACCCCUCCAAAGGAAAAGGUUUGUCUAUAUGGAGAUGGCAAUGUCAAAGCGGUUUUCGUGGAUGAAUAUGAUAUUGCAACAUACACAAUCAAAACAAUAGAUGAUCCUCGUACUUUGAACAAGACAGUUUACAUUAGGCCACCAGAAAACACUCUCUCCCAGAGGCAAUUAGUUGAGAUAUGGGAAAAGCUCACGGGGAAGAAACUGGACAAGUUCAGCAUCUCUAAAGAAGACUUUCUAGCCUCUAUGGAAGGUAAGGACUUUGCAUUACAAGUUGGGGUAGCACAUUUCUAUCACAUUUACUACGAGGGUUGUUUGACGAACUUUGAGAUUGGAGAAGAGGGAGAAGAAGCUGCAACGCUCUAUCCGGAGGUCAAUUACAAGCGAAUGGAUGAAUACCUGAAGCUUUAUGUAUAACUAGUGUGCAUGUCUGUCUACCAAAGCUUAUUAUAUGGUGAUGAAAUAAAAGCUUUGGAGUUGGGUUA